UAGUCCUAAUAUUCAUGUUGAUCGUUCAUUCUUAGUCCAUGUGUAAACGUCCCUAGUUGUUCUGAUCUGAACUAGAUUUCUUACCCAUGCAACUGAUAUUGUUAACCCCAUAACAUCUGUCGAUUUGUUGUGGCUUAUGAGUGGAUUUUGGUUCUUGGUUCUACCAAUUUGAUGGAAUUUGUGUUCGGUGGCUUUAACAGAAGCUCUUUGUCUAAAAAUAGCUCAUGUUUCGUACGCUUGUUCAACAGAUGCAAAUCUUUGUCAAGACCACAAAUAGCAGGACUUACACUCUUAAGGUCAAGAGUUCAAAUAAGAUCGAGGAUGUCGAGGCUAAAAUGCGUGAUCACCAUCUAGAUGUGCAGGGUCUUAUCUUUGCUGGCAAGAAGCUGGUGUAUGGCCGCACCCUGGCAGAUUACAACAUUAAGAAUCUGAGCACCCUACAGCUUGUCCUUCACCUGCGUAUUUCUGUCAAGACGCUGACUGGCAAAAUCAUUGAUCUUGCGGUUAAGAGUUCAAAUACCAUCAAGCACGUCAAGGCGAUGAUUCAGAGUCAGGAGAACAUUCCUUGGGAUAAUCAGGGUCUCAUCUUUGCCGGCAAGCGGCUGGAGGAUGGCCCCACCCUGGCAGAUUACAACAUUGAGACUUUGUGCACCUUUGAGCUUGUCCCUUUCCUGCAUGUGAUAGUCAAGAUGGUGAACGGCGAGAGCAUUGAUCUUGCGGUUUUGAGUUCAGAUACAAUCGAGGAUAUCAAGGCGAUGGUUUAUGAUCAGGAGGGCAUUCCUUCGUGCAUGCAGCGCUUCAUCUUUGCCGGCAGGGUGCUCGAGGAUGAGCGUACCCUGGCGGACUACAACAUUCACAAGUCCUGGCGCUGCAUGCUUCACCUUGUCCUGGGCUUCCGUAGGUAUGGAGUGAUUCGCAUCAAGACGCUGACUGGCAAGACCAUUUCUCCUGCGGUUGGCACUCAAGACACGGUUGAGGAUGUCAAGGCGAUGAUUCACAAGGAGGAGGGGAUUCCCCCAUCCCAGCAGUGCCUCUUCUUUGCUGGAAGCCACUGCACAAUGACCACACCCUGGAGAGCUACCUCAGCGGGGAUUUGA